UCAACAUCCAAUAUCUCCGCAACAGUUUGGUUACGACCUUCAUCCAUACUGCUAGUAAUGAUGAUGUUAGCGAUGGCUUGAUUAAUGACUAAAUUAUACAUUUUUGUUCGUUGCAACUGCAGCCUAAAAUGAUUAACGUGAGAGAACCGUAGUUGUUCCUCAGCUGUAAAUGUUACGACCUGUGAUGUCGCCAUCAACGUGUUGACUUUGUCAUGACGUCUACAGAAGAGAGGAGGCGGCUCUCGGUAAACGUUUCUCUCUUCACAGUGUCACUUGAGUGCGAGUGUCGAGACAUACAUAUCAUACCGACUCUUCGAUUUUCAACUUUUUACGCAUAGGAUUUGGAACAAACCGUCCGAUCUGGAUUAAAAUCUUUCUUUUGGACAUGAGGCUGUGUGUUGCUGGGACUUGACAGGAGCUGAUCCUUCACAGUGGCGGACAGCAUGAUGCUGCCCACUCCCUGUUACUCAACCUCCGCUACGAACAGAGCCAAUUUACCCUCCAUAUCCUGGGAAAAACACAUUACAGAACCUGGAGGAAGGUGCCUGAGUGUGAGCCCUCUUACCGCUCCUCAUUCCAGGAGGCGUGUCCCCCAGCUGAUCUGCUGCCGUAGAGAGUUCCAGAACACUCCAGAGGAGGACGACGAGACCUCUACCCCCUGCCCUGAUCUCCGCCCUGAUCUCCGCCCUGAUCUCCGCCCUGAUCUCCGCCCCGACCUCCAACAUGACGACCCCAGCUCCAUGGCUGGCUCCGCCUCCAGCAGUCGGAUUGCGGGGCCAAGCUACACGCCCUAUCAGCCUCCUGUAGGCCUCCCAGUCGGGUACAGCCAGCCUACCCCGUUCCCCAGCCAGGCUGAUGGCUCCUGGCUUCACCCCAGCUACACCAGUGCCUGGUCUGGUCCUGGACCUGCUUACCCCAGCAGCCUGCCCUCCUGCCUCACCCCCCCAAACUACCCCAGCUACCCAGGGGAGAGCUGUUACUCCCGGGGAAGGUCCCUGUCCCUCACCCGCCUGCCGGGCCGUUACAGCCCUAGUGUGACCAGCCUGGAGCAGCCCCACUCCCUUCACUCCAUCACCCCCUCAGCAGGCCUCUACCACCACUCUCUGACUCCAUACACCUGCUGUGCCCAGUGCCCUGUGGAGGGCUUCAACAUGGGCCCCUACCAGAGUCCCCUGCCCAUCGCUGGUUACCGCCUACCCUCCAGGCCCAUGUAUAACUACAGCCUGCCAGGUGCAGCCCACAUGCGAAGUGGCCACAUGAGUCCCCAUCCUAACCCUUGCAGUGCUCCGCUCUCUGUGGAUCAACCCUGCAGUGCCCCGCUCUCUGUGGAACAAAGAAGGGUGUUUGUGACGUACGAAGCCGACAGCGACAAACACGUCAAACAGAUCAUCAACUUUGUGGCGUUGCUGAGACACAAUGGCUUCGACACACACAUCGAUAUGUUCGAGCAGCAUUUCCGGAGCAUCAGUAAGAUCGACUUCAUGGAGCGGUACCUCAGCGAGGAGUACCUCAUUAUCAUCAUCAUCAGUCCAAAGUACCAUGAGACUGUGACCUCAUCACCGGUCAGCUUAGAGAACGACGAGAGGAUCCUCAACACAGUCUACAUACACAAACAGCUGCAGAAUGAGUUCAUUCAGAACGGCAGUAAGAACUUCCGGUUCAUCCCUGUCCUGUUCCCUGGGGCUAACAAGUGUCACGUUCCUACGUGGCUCCAGAACACUCAUGUCUACAGCUGGCCUAGGGACAGAGAUGACGUCCUACGUCGCCUGAUGAGAAUAGAGAAAUACAACCCUCCUCCUAUCGGGAAGCUACCGACCAUCGUCUCUAUCCCCAUCUAACAGCACAGCGCCCCCCACUGGACUGGAGGACAGACGACAGAUUUAAACCAUAAGGCGUCAGCCACACAAAGACCCAUUUAAAAAUGGAUUAAAUCAUAAUGUCUGUUUUUGUCUGCCGUAAAUUAAACUCAAGUCAACAGUUUUCGGACAAGUUGCAUCCAUAAAAAGACAGACAUGUUGUGGAUGUUCUUUGAGACCAUCUCUGUGGUCCUUCAGUCAAUCUGUAAUUUUCAGACACAAAAAUCUCUGUUUGGCAGUGACCUAACAGUCAGAAUGGACCUCUGCUCUGAAGAUAUCCUCACCCUCCAGAUUAGGACCUGUUGCUGAUCUGGGACCAGUGAAAUACUUUACCUGGAUCUUUAUAGGAUCCAACCGGAGACAGAUCUACGAUUUGUUGUAAACAACUGUUUUAUCUGCUAUGAUCUGUUGUUACCAACUGUUUUAUCUGCUGUUUUAUUUGCUGUGUUGAUCUACAGUCCUAGAAUACGCAGAAGGACUGAACAUAUGAGGCACAGGCCUCAAUCCUCUCUGCUUCAGUCACGGCAGCUUGUGACUGUCUCUGCAUGUUUUAACUGUUCUGGGAACUGACUGUAGUCUUGGAACACAGUGUGAUGACAUACAGUUGAAGUCGGGAGUUUACAUACACCUUAGCCAAAUACAUUUAAACUCUGUUUGUCAACAAUUCCUGACGUUAAAUCCUCAUAAAAAUGCCACUGUCUUAGGUCAGUUAGGAUCACCACUUUAUUUUAAGAAUGUGAAAUGUCAGAAUAAUAGUAGAGAGAAUGAUUUAUUUCAGCUUUUAUUUCUUUCAUCACAUUCCCAGUGGGUCAGAAGUUUACAUACACUCAAUUAGUAUUUGGUAGCAUUGCCUUGAAAUUGUUAAACUUGGGCUUGGGUCAAACGUUUCGGGUAGCCUUCCACAAGCUUCCCACAAUA